GUGUCUUGAAGAAGAAGAAGAUGACCAGCUAUGGCUGACAGUAGACCUCCAGGAUAUGACGCCAGAUGUGCCUUACUGCAAGUGCUGAAUCCAGUAGUCUCAAUCCCGGUAGCUCACCACUGGUUGGGGGGUCCACCCUCUCGGGUGCAUCGAGUGUGAACAGGGAGCAGGAAAAUCAUUGCGUGCUUGUUGCAGCAUCAUACCCCUACAGAUUCCCCACUCCUGUGCCAAAACCGCCCCAUCCAGCCUUGUUGGGUGAGAGUGGGAUUGGGGAUCAGUGGUGGACUGCAGACUUCACACAAGUGGCACAGCUUUUCCGUCCAUGUGGGGUGUCACUCUCAGUUAUUGCACCAAGGCAAAUUACAAUUCUUAAGAACAUCUUCAACGUGGCACGAAGUCAACAGAUGGGCGAUUCGAUGGAGAUGAUGGCACCAAAGCAGCAACACCUGGUGCUUUUGUCCGAUGCUUUCGGAGCAGCAAAGUCGGUUUUGCAGAGAGGAGCCCCUGUGGCGUCCUCCAUGAAUGAAAGUCAUUUGCAAAAGCCAUCGGUCAUGCCUGUGCAGUCAAUGAAUAUGUCGGGUUCAAUGCCUGUUGGUGCUGGCAGUGGUCCAAUGGUUUCUGGACAGGAAGCAGGAAUGGUGGGUAUCCCUGCUAGCAACGGUGUCGCCGCAGUGGGAUCUGCUGGGGGAUUAUCAACGGACACCAAAAGAGGCCUCUCUGAUCGUAUUCAAGCAACCAAUCCGAGUGCAUCUCCAUCAGGGAAUAUGUCCAUGCUGGUAAAAAAGCAAGAGGUUAUCAACCCUUCACCUCUCGUGGUCAGCAGUCCACCACAGAACACAGGAAUGUGGUCCACGAAUCUUCCUAUGGGCAGGGUUGGUGCCAUGGGAGGGAACAACACAAUGUCGGGCACAGCACUACCAACGCAAGUCUCAUCGUCCUCCGGGGGUGGGGCUGCCACUGGCAUGGCUGCGAUAGGAGCAUCAAGUUAUGGAGGAGGUGUGGUAAUGCAUGCCGGCACUGUGUCUGGUGGAGGCGGCAUGACUGAUGUCAGUAUGGCAGCAGCGGUGGGUGGUAGCAAUUCAGGUUCCAUGAGAGCCACUGGAAAGACUGCAACAAUGAUGGCCAAUCUUAGAGCAAACUCAGGGAACGAGAGUGGGAUAGUGGGUACAAUGGGAGAAGUGAUGUGGGGCUCGGUGGGAAGCUCGAUGGGAAGCUACACAGUUGGCAGCAGUUCUGGGACCUUCAGCAAUGGUGCUGCUGGGACGAUGGGAGCUGCACCACGGCUAGUUGCAGCAGGGCCCGCUGGGGCUGGUGGGACAAUGUCCAAUCUGGAUGGAGGGACUCGAGGUGGUGUGGGGAUUGCGUCGGCAACGGGUAAUAAUAUGGGAAUAUCCAAUGCUGGCAUUCCGUUAGUAUCCUCCUCCAGUAUGGGAGUUGGCAUGGGUGUGAACAUGGGGAGCAACAUAGCCGUGAACAUGGGGAUGCCAUUCAGUGGUAGCUUGGGAGGGGGUCCUAAUAUGGCUCCUACAAUAGGCAGUGUUGCAAGUGGUCCUGCAAGAGCCGCAACGGGUAUUCCUAUGGGGGUUGGGGCCAGCGGUAACAUGAUUGGCAGUGUACCAGGGAAUUCCCUGACUGGUUCUAUGAGUCAAAUUGGCGGGCUGGGUUUGAGCAAAGGGCUCCAAGGUCCAGGCAGUGGUCCAGGGCUGGUGACAUCUGGGAUAGCGCAAAGCGGUGGACCCCUUCCGUCACAAGGUCCUGGGACUAUUGGACAAACCAUGCAGCCUCUCGGGAAUAUAGCUUCACAAUCCAGCGGUUUGGUCAUGGCACCUGGAGGCGCACGGGAAGGAAUGGUGUCGGAAGCAGGCUCGUCGACACUACCUGUGCAACCGUCGAAUCAUCCCCCCCAAGGCGUGUCGGGUGUGAAAUUCUGGACGGGCCCGCUCCAGAUUGCCAAGAAAGAUGGAUCUACUGUGACACUCUGUGUUGUUGAGGAGACUAGCCCCUACACCACUGAGCAGCAAGAAAAGAUGGUCGCCUUAGUUAGAGAGAAUAAGGAGAGGAAAGAGCGUGAAAAGCAAGCCAAGCUAAAGGCUAUCGCAGACGARCAGGCGGCGAAGAUGAAGAGAUUGGAGGAGGAGAUGAAGAGGGUACAACAGGAGGAGGAAGAAAGAAGGAAGGCUGCUGAAGAAGAAGCGGCAGCAGAAGAAGAGAAAGAGAGAAUGAGAAUUGAGAGUGGAGAAGGGAGCAGUGGUGGCACGAUGAAGUGGGAGACAGAUACUGAGGUGGAGAAGAAGAUCAGCGAGUGGGUCGCUAAUUUAUCGUUGGGGGAAGACGAGGAGGCGGAGUCCUAUGUGACUAAGGAUGAGAAGGUUGCGCUGGCCGUUGAGCUAGCAGCCAUGACAGACCCAAUGGAACGAAGAGAGAGGGAAGACGAGCAAAAGUUAGCAUGGAAGUUGAGAAUGAAGAGGGAGAAGAAGAGGAGGAGAGAGGAAGUGAAUAAGAUGACCGCCGCAGUGGCGAAGGUGCAGGAGUGUAGAGCGGAGGUGCUGGCCCAGCCAGAUGAUAAGGCCAAGUGGGACAAGGUACUGGGCUAUGUAGAGGUGUUGAGCAAGGCCUGGAUGGAGGAGCGCCAGGCAAGCUGGAGCCAAGAUGUAGCGUUGAGUGCCAUGCGGUCCGGGUUUAGGGAUUUUGCGCGCGAAAUCGUCACCCACAUUGGGGGCGAAGUCAAACAGUUGAGAGACAAUGUAGGGAAGUUUUGUGAGGGCGCCAUUCAGGGUGCCAAAGCUGCAGCCGCUGUAGAAGGAGAGGGCAGACCCCGUAAGGACCCAGUGAAACUUAAGUUCCCAGACGCGUACGGGGGAAAGAAGGACGAGAACCUUGACAACUGGGAGGCCAGUGUCAAUAGUUACAUUUACUUACAGCAUAUCCUGAUAGAGGAGCAAGUCCUCGUGGCCUUCCAGGCCCUGAAGGACGAAGCGGCUAGCUUCGCCAGGUCUCUCGCGCGUACAGCCGGUUGUGAAAACAACCUGGUUGCAUAUUCCAAAGUCACUCGUCUUUCCCAAUUCCUCAAGCUCCUCAAGGAGCGGUUCGUUGACCCAACGCGAGGCAUUAGAGCCUCUGAUAAGCUCCAAACGAUCCACUCCCGGCAGUGGAGGAGUGCUAAGGCACUCAAGGGUACUAUGGACGACUUGGUAGCCGUCCCGGACCACGGGGUCACUGAGCCCCAGCUGGCUCUGAGAAGAACCACAUCACCAGACACGCUCGGUGCUGACUGGCCAGACGUCUUGCAAAUAGUUAGGAUCUGGGAGCAAGCAAAAUAUGCCCGAAUCUUGGAAAACAAGUCAAUCAAGCCAGAGAUCAUAAUGUUCAGGCCGCUGGAUAAUCACAAUUUGUUUCAGGCUAUGAUUGACAGAAAGCAGGGUGCCUUCGUGCAGUUGAGAUCGCACACGCUCCUCCUUGAACCUCAAGCUCCUAAGGCUGACAAGUGGGGCUCAGGAAUAAGGCUUGUCGGUGUACUACUGUCAAAGCAGCCACAACAUCAAGACAGUGCUGCACGAUCAUCUGGCCAAGUGCAACAGCAGGUCCAAGGUUCAUCUCAGACUAGCAGCCAAGGAUCUGGCCAGAUGGGUGGACAAGUGAUUGGGCAGAAAAUGGGUCAGUCAGCGGCAGGUCAGAUGUCGGGUCCAUUGCACAGCCAUCUGCAAACAACCACACAGUCGCUCUCAUCAGGGGGGAACAAUACACACAGCAUGAUGCACAUGCCAUCAGGCCCAGGGCCAGCGGGCGCCGUUAUGAGCAAUAAUGGCAUGUCAUUGAGUGCGAUGAGCGGCGGCGCCGGCGGAGGAAACAACAUGAUGAGUGGCAAUGCGGUGAUGGGGAUGUCCCAGCUUCCAAAUGCUGGCAUCAGCAGCGCCGGAAUGCUGAGCUCAGGGUUAUCGGGAAGUGGGGUGGGUAUUGCAAACGCAGCACUGAACUCGCCGCCUCUGGAUCCAACGACUUUAGGAUCGAUGGCUGGUGGAAUGGCAGCAGCUACUGCUUCAACACUAGGCAUGGGGGCUGGAAGCUCAGGAUUGAUGGCGGUGACGGGGGGGGGGCUAACAGGCGCAGGCGUUGGGUUGGCAUCGUCUGGAGGAGGGGGCUUGGGGCUGACAACAUCAUCGUCCGCCCUGUCAGGACUUACAUCCUUCGGGGGGAAUGGGCUGACCAGCGGUACGGGAAGCGAGUUGCCCUCUUCUUCUGGAGGUUCAAGCACCGCUGGUGGUACGAUUGCAGCUGGCGGCGGAAUGAUGGUUAUGGGAGGGGGAAUGAACCCCUCUACCAGCAUUCCACCUAUCUCCGCAGGUAUGGCCAGAACCACAGCCGCAGGAAUGAGCUCGCCUCCAUUAGCAGUCCCUCAAGGUCUUGCUGGUACUUCCGGUCUCACCAUGGCCGGAGCUUCUGCACUGAAUGCCCCCCACUCUUCAGCAACCUUGUCAUCAGCAAGCACCUUGGCAGCUGCCGGGCUGGGCGGCCAGGUUAUGGGGCCGGGGCAGCUGCCAGGGCCACAGGGCCGAAGUCAACUUCAAGGAGGAAUACCAUCAUUACCUGGGAAUGGCAGUGGACUGCAAGGGAAUGGGUACAUCAGAUAACUUAGGAUCCUCUGGCCAAAGCUGCUUAUGGCUCUGCUGAAGCUGCUGACAACAACAACAACAAAAAGGACUGGCUGGCCCAAAAAAAUGGUGAUGAUGCCGCCAGUCUUUGGUCCAAUGAUUAUCUUGCAGGCAAGUUGGCGGGAGCGUCGUCAUGGUGGCCAUGGCAUUAUGUUGCCUUCGUUGUAUUCGUUAUGUUUUUAUAAAUGUUUGGAGGUCCUAUGCUGGAUUGUCUUUUUUUUUCCUUUUUUUUUUUUAAGUCCGGUUUCUCUUCUUUUUCAAGUUUCUUGUUUUUCUUUCCCUUUUUGCCCCCUCUUUCCCGUUCAAGUCUCGGAUCUCGUUCUCGCUCAUUUUCCAUGCCUUUGUUGGGAUCCUUAUAAGUCUUUUUUCUUCUUUUUUUUCCUUUUAUUCAUCUUUUUUUUUUUUUUUCCAAUGAUCCUUAAAACUUAAAAGUUAAAUUCUUUAUUGUUUGGGAGAGGACAAUACUCCGCCGUCCUUUGUGAAAGCUGUAAAUAUCAUAAUUAACUACGGAGGUGUUCUUUUAGCAGGCUUCUGCAGAGACGGAUGGUCGGUACGUGACAACACUGAGAAGAGAGGGAGCUCUCCCCAGUGCUCUACCAACUAAGCUAUACACCCAGAAUCCAGAUAGGCUUAGUAGGAUUUGAACCUACAAUAUCACCGUUAUGAGCGGUGCGUUUGAACCAAUUAAACUAUAAGCCCAGGAACUUGCUUCAGAAACAACAAAACUAACUUCCCCUCACUGAUGCGGAUGACGGUGAGUUGGCGACACUGAGAAGAGAGGGAGCUCGAGCAGAGAGCUAGACUCUGCUUGAGCUCUCCGAGGCAAGAGGUGGAGCUCUUUCUCACCUGCUCUCCGUUCCCGCUACCCAUCUGUCGAUCUUCUGACACAUAACAGUUCGGUUUUCAAGUUUACCAAUCUGCUCCACAUGUGUCUUCUUGCCCUCAGCCCUCUUUCCUCGUCUGCACUGAAUCUUCUUUUCUUGAAGUUUCGUUAAUUCUUCCCGUAGACAGACGUCAGAUGCUGCUUGACAUCAAGGGGUGCUGGAGAUCUGGAUCACACCAGAUCUGUGAGACUUUUGGAUGUUUCUCUUCUGAUAUUCAUUCCUGCGCUUACUUGCAGUCCUCCGACGCCCCAUUUGCCUCCAGUGACCUAUCGCCAAAUCGGCAGCCAUAUAGAAGAAGCUCGGGCGUACCUGGUCGUUGGUGGUGGCCAAAUGCCCCGGUUUAACGAACUAACCUUGCGAGGAUGGGGAGUGUUCAAUUGGGGCCCUUAAAGCGCCCGUUGCAAAAGAUC